AUGGUUCUCCAGUACUUCUCAUACAGCACCCUUGUUGCGGUUGUAUUCGUGGGCUACAGCCUUUCAGUCUUGUACGACCGCUACACGAAAGAAAAGAAAAUCCUCCGACUAGGCCACACGGCACCCUUGGUGAAAACACAGUUUAUUUGGGGCCUCGAUUUUCCCAUUCAUUCGACCAUUGCCUUGAAGAAGAAACUAGCUCUGGAAUUCUGGGACUGGUUAUUCGAUCACACGGGUGUUGCAGCAAAACAUUCCUACACUGCUGAGGUCCGCCUCUUAGCCUCUUCGAGAGUCAUCUUCACGGGAGAUGUCGAAAACAUCAAGGCUAUCCUCACCACCCAAUUCCAGGACUAUGGCAAGGGCGAGCAGUUCCAUGGAGAGUGGAAGGACUUCCUCGGUGACAGUAUUUUCACCACCGAUGGCAAGAUGUGGCAGGAGUCGAGGAAUCUUAUCCGUCCCAUGUUCAUCCGCGAGAAAGUCGCUGAUCUAGACUUGGUGGAGGAGCAUGUACAGAAGCUGAUGAAGCUGCUGGGACCUGGCGAUGGCAGCAUGGUGCAACUCGACAAACUCUUCUUCCGCUUCAGCUUGGACGCGUCCACCCAUUUCCUAUUUGGCCAAUCCGUCAACAGUCUCGAUAAUCCCGCCAAUGAAUUUGCCACUGCUUUUGAUGAGGUGCAACGGGUCCAAGUGCUUGAAGGGCGAUUAGGCCCCUUCCGCCACUGGUAUCCUAAAAGGUCCAAGAGCGCCGGUCUGAAGUUCCUGGACAAGUUCAUGCAGCCUAUCAUCGAUGCGGCUAUGCAGCUGUCGCCUGAAGAGCUUGAAACGAAAUUGUCCAAGUCCGACACCUUCAUUCACGCCCUCGCGCGGUUCACCCGAGACAAGAAGGUCAUGCGCGAUCAGAUCAUGUCAUUGCUGCUAGCUGGCCGAGACACUACGGCGUGCACGCUAUCUUGGCUAUUCUUGGAGCUCUCUCGGAACCCUCGCGUUGUGAAGAAAUUACAUGAAGAAAUCAGGAAUGUCAUCGGCGACAGUGGGCGGCCGCCGACCUACCAAGAGAUCAAGGAUAUGAAAUAUCUUACCUGGGUCAUCAACGAGACCCUUCGAUUGUAUCCCGUGGUACCCUUCAACGUACGGGCAGCACUGAAAGACACUACGCUACCUCGAGGCGGUGGACCUGACGGGAUGGAGCCACUCGGUCUCCUCAAAGGAACUCCCGUCGGCUACAGUACUCUCUUCAUGCAACGACGGAGAGAUAUAUACCCACCUAUCUCGGAAACGUUCCCAUAUGACCCCCUGGACUGGGUUCCUGAUAGAUGGGCUACGUGGACCCCACCCGCCUGGACAUUCAUUCCGUUCAAUGGCGGUCCAAGGAUAUGCAUUGGCAUGAACUUUGCCCAGAUGGAGAUGGGCUACACGGUGGUGCGCUUGCUGCAACAUUACGAAAAGAUCAUCAACUUCAACAACAGGUCAGAUAUGCACAUCGAGAUUGUUGUGACGCCAGCCUACGGUACCAACGUUGGCUUGGUGAAGAAGUCCAGUGUCUCGGAGAAGACCUCUUGA